UUAACCUGGAUAUCUAAGGGUUCCGUUUUUUGAACAAAUUUCAGGUUUUUGUAUAGUUGUGAUGUUUGUAGCCGCUAAUCUAUGUAUUAUUAUAAUAGAAAUGCUCCUUGUAAGAUUGUUAUUUUCCCGUAGUGGAUAACCCAUGGGUGUGCUAAGAAUACCUGAAGCUAGCCUUGCGGCUGUCAAACCCUUGUCUAUGUGAUGUUCGGGACGUCAUGUAUCUAAAUCAUUCACCCUAGUCAGCUCAUUAGCAAUAGCUUGAAUGGUUUCGUAAUGUCAAUGAAGCACACACCCACAGUUUUAUGAUCCACAUGAAUGACAAUAAUAUUGGUAAUCACUAAAGAUCAAUGGGGUUCUCAGGGAGGCUUUUUACUGGGAGAGCUGUGUCAGCCCCUAUGAAUUAUUAAAUAGCACUCAAGCAAAACGACGAGGAACAGUUAAUAACAGGUGUCUACUUCAACACUGUGCUAUUCAGUACCUACUAUACUAUUUAAUAAUUCGGCAAAAUUCUCUCAAGCAAUGGCAAUGUUUGAUGGAGAACUCGAUAAUUUGUCUUGCUGUAGAGGACUCCGACACAGUGUGAAACGAAUCGUAUAAAACUCGAAGCAUUUAUGUUGUAGAUAAGUGAUUGAUACAUCCGAUCGUCAUUUUUUGUGGCGUUUCAAGACGAUGGUCCAUAAUGGUCGGCCCCCUUUAAUUUAGCUGACGCGUUGAUGCCUUAUCUGUGCCUAGUUGAUAUCCGCAAACCGUACUUUUUUUACGUAGAGUUAAUCUGAAUUUUUGCGGUGUUUCUCUGAAUCUGAUAUCUCUACUUCCUUUUACGAAGUUGAGAACGAUCGUUAAUUAGUAAAUAAAGGUAUUUUGGGUCCGCUUUCUCUUUCAGAUCGUUAGGUCUUAGCGGUUUCAAGUACACGAAACACAAUUUUCUUUUGCAAAAAAUUAUCGGGCUUCUAAUAUAGUUGCUUUCUGUUUUUAACAACAGUACUGUGUUUCGCUACGUUGAUUGACACAACGACAGUCUUAGUCCUACAUUGAGAUUCGUACAACUCGUAAUAACUCAGCACCUAGGGACUGCACCCGCUCGCUUUAAGUGAGCUUUAUACUUUUUUCGUGAUUACGGGUGUGGGAUAGAAGUGGGAUUAACUGAGUGUAGUAUGAGCGCUAGUUGCUGAUGGUAACGUACGCUGAACCUACGAAAUCUGUGAGAUUUUGCAGCCUAUUGGGAACACUGGCAGGCGCCGCUACGAUAAAAUAUAGGUACAUCGGAGACUGCCGUGGGAAUUAAAAAUCGCUUGAUUAUGGUAAAAUUUUGUUAGUGGCCGGAGUGUGACUAAUCAAACUCGGGAAAAUAGGACCGGUAUGAUUUAGGCUGUCUGAUCCGGUGGCCUCAUUAUGCCUGUGUCUGCUUUAACAAAAAUUUGAUAUGCUUGUGAAAAUUCUUGUUAAAUUAUGUAUUGCAAAAAAAGCAAGUCAAGGCGCCUAGAUAUUCAAUGUAUCAUCUUUCGGAGAUUGACGGAAUGCUCCAAGCGUAUUUGACAACACUUAAUAUUAUAUUGGCGUCUAGAGAACAUAGCUAAAACAUUUACUAAAGACUCUAUCUGGGCCACAUUGUAGCUCUAACUUAAGCAAAUGGUAUGGGUUAGCGUGGAAUCCACCAUUAGUUGUCAUCGUUUUGGAACAAGUUCCCAACCCCUUCUUUUACAAUAGAAGCACCGCUGAGAAGUCUCAUCCGCUAUAGCAAUUAGUCUCCAAGACAGACAGAUUCAUGAAUAUUUAAUAGAUAUAUUUAACAGCAAACCGGUCUCUGAUUCUUUUCGCUUCACUUUUAGCUGGUCGUUACCAUAAUACAAUGCUAAUGAGCAUAUCGUUUAAAUCUACCCAACGCUGAGUUACCUUAGUUUGAAAUGUUCCCUGCAACGACGAGCUCAAGUGUAUGAUCGAAUGUGAGGACGCCACUCUUGAUCUACAGUUUUCCGACGGACCGGCUGCUCGAGGUAUGGAACGCUCGCGAAACCAGCUUCUCGAAGAGAAUCGCCGGAUCGCUCGGGAGAAUGUCGAUAAGGAAUCCCAAUUCUUCGAAUUACGCAAUAGAUUAUUGCAGUUAUACCACGAAGGCAAACAACUGAAGUCCGUCGUUGAGCAGCUGCAAGAGAAUAUCCCAGCAUCGAACUGUCACCCACCUACCCUUGACACAAUUCAGGCAUUGCUGGAAGCAGCGGCAAGGGAAGCCGAGGACGAGUCAGAGAAAAUUGCAAGUGACUUCCUUUCGUCAACAAUAAAUACGGAGGAUUUUUUGGAAAAGUUCAUUGGCAGUCGCAAGGACUUGCACCUUCGACGUGUGCGGGCGGAAAAGGCAGCCGAACUAAUGCGUGAACAAAAUCGAGUGCCGACAACGAAUGUGCUCCCAUUCUCACGAUUCACAUCAGCUGGCGUUGAAUAUCAACCGCCAUCGUUGCCGAACAUGGGGCCUGUUAUAGGCCCUCCCAUAGGGCCAGUAUACGGAUCGCCAAUGCCUUCCUACGGGACUUCGCAGUAUCUGCCUUACCCGACGCCUCAGUCAACUGGUGGCCCAAUAAGCAUGCCGACGCCUGGCUUGUGAGCGACAGCUCCGAGUAUAAACUGGACCUAAGAAAAAUAUCUAAUAUGGAAUACAGAUAUGAAGAAUGGUGAAUCUAUAAGGCUGGCAUACCCAAGCGACAAACUGUUCUGGUGUUCAUUAUAAUUUAGGCAGCUCCCCUCAGCCCAUUUCACCCUCGUUGUGUAGUAAAGAAAAGAGCAAGAUUUUGUUCGAAAACGUUCCUGUGAAUUAGGUCUAAAAUGGUUAGAUGGUUCUGUGUGCAUUAUUUUUGCUGCUAUUGAUGAUUGACUGAAUGAAGUGUUGUAUUGACUUUCUUCGGUUUAUAUCCUCUCCAAGAGUUGAAGCCUUUCUUACAAAACUAUUUUUGCUUGCAUUGAAAACCAUUAGCUUUGUUCGUAUUUGAUACGUUAUCUCUCGAAAUUAGGUAACGUAUAGGGAAAUGAGGAUUGUAUGUACGGGAUUUGCGUUUCUUCGUGUGAGAGUUCCACCGAUCAAAAUUCCCAUAUGAGGUACAGCAAGGCUAUUUUUAUCGAUUGCAGCCUCAAUUGGAACUUAAAUUGCGUAGAAGAUUUACAAGUGUUUGCGUAACUACUAAAUGAAUAGUGCCGUAGUUUAUUUUUAGCUCUAUUUCUUGUAGUGUGUUCGGCCCUCGAAGAACAAUGUCCGUAAGAGCAGUACGCCAGGAACAAGCCAAUUACUGCUCGACAAUAACGUAGAGGAAAAUCGUGGAAAAGUUUGAGUGAAACGUUUGAUAGUAAGCGUUUGAAUGCAACACCUUUAGAAAUACUGUAAUAUUAGACAACUGUUCGUAAAGGCGACCUUGAUGAGGUUAAUGUUUGACGACAGACAAAGAAGUAGAAAAAGCAUAGGUAAAGAAUACGAAAUAUUUUCAAAUUUACCCGCCAAGGUGAAAAAUAUUUGGGCUAGAUUUGUUACACGUACAGGACUUUACUUUUGCCUUUGCUGAUUUGAAUAAUGACGAUAUUGCGUGGGGACCAUGGGUCGCACGAAUGAAGUUUCUUGUAUUCUUAACUUGAUGUGUUUAGUACUAUAGGAAACAAGUGAGGAAAAACUGUGGGAAACGUGUAUAAUAAAACUAAUAAAGAUGAGAAUGUAUUAGUAAGUGAGCCUGAUAUUUUAGCUUC